AUGAUCGUCAGGGACUCGGAGCGACGCCCCCUCGCUCCUGCUGCCGCUCCUGCUCCUCCACCUGCUUCUGCUCGCCCUGCUCGGACCAAGACCUGCUUCGCUCCUCGGCCAGGACUUCGGCCCCCCACCUUUAAACUACACCCCAAGGAUCCAUCCCCUCUUCCACACUACACCCACAAAGACUCCCUUCCCACACUUACACCCCCAAAAACUCCCUCCCACAUUACACCCACAAAGACUCCCUUCCCACACUUACACCCCCAAAAACUCCCUCCCACAUUACACCCACAAGGACACCCCCUCCUCCUCUAUACCCCCAAUGACUCCCUCCCACACUACACCCACAACAACCCCCCUCUUACACUUACACCCCUUAGGACUCCUCCCCACACUACACCCACAUAG